AUGACACCCAAUCCUCUGCGGUGGAUGUCUUUUCCCGUGGAACGAGGGGCGGACUGGACAAAGACUGCCCUGCUGGCAUACUCUGGAGACGCAGCCACCAAAACGGGGCUGGCGAUUUAUAUUUACGCAAUCACAGAGGAUAUGAAGACUGCACACGCUUUCUCCUCGCUUGACGGUGAUAUGCUCAUCAUUCCGCAAUCGGGAACAAUCGACGUCCAGACCGAAAUGGGAAACCUUUUGGUACGACAGAACGAAAUUGCAAUGAUUCCCCGAGGAGUCCGUCACCGAGUCACUCUGCCUUACGGCCCUUCGCGGGGAUUCAUCUGUGAGCUGUUCCAAGGACACUUUCGCCUGCCUGAGUUGGGACCCAUCGGAUCAUGCUCAUUAGCGAACAUCCGUGACUUUCAAGUUCCAGUCGCGGCAUUUGAUGGAAAGCUUCAAGCUGGGCGAGCUCUGGGAAACGACAGAAGCUGGACCAUUAUUUCACGAUUAGGCGGAAACUUGUUUAGCUGCACCCAGGAUCAUACUCCUUUCGACGUCGCCGCUUGGAACGGGACGUUUUACCCAUUCAAAUACGACCUUGCACGUUUCUGCGUGCUCGGGAACACCCUGUACGACCACGCCGAUCCCAGUCUAUUCACGGUUCUGACCGCACCCUCUUACCGUGAGCCUGGGACCGCGGUGGUAGAUUUCGCCAUCAUCCCUCCACGUUGGAACGUGAUGGAAGACACUUACUGGUUGCCCUACUAUCACCGAAAUACCAUGGCUGAGUUCUCUGGGGCAAUCAUAACCAGACAGGAUCCCGACUGUCCGUGGAACCAAGGCCUUGAGUUUCAACCUUACGGUGCAGCGUUGAAUUCGGGGAUGGCAUGCCACGGUGCGAACAGCGACGCCCAUCGAGCCGCUGAGGAACAGGAAACGACACCCAAAAAGGUUCAAACCGAAGGCUUCACCAUCUUCUUACUCGAGACCGAGUGUCCCUUGUGGGUUUCCGACUGGGCCGUCGAGUGGAAGGAUGUUUUGAAGACCAGGGAAGCAAAUGCUAAGCCCAGACUGUGA